AUGCCCAUCAGUAAAAUAGAACCUUUUUCGGUCGAUUCACAAAACUGGGACAGUUACGUGCGUCGUCUAAAACAGUUUAUAACUUUAAAUAGUAUCGACGACGGACUUAAAGUUGCCACGUUGUUAACAUUAGUCGGUGGGGAGUGUUACAAUUUACUUUGUGAUUUGUGUUCGCCCGAUCACCCGGAGGAUAAAGAAUUCGAUGAGCUCGUUGAAUUGCUUAAACAUAAUUUGGAACCUGAAAAGUCCGAGAUAGCCGAGAGACACAGUUUUAGAGAAAGAACCCAGUUACAAGGUGAAAGCAUUCGUUUAUAUCUACAAGGAUUAAAACAUUUGGCUAAGACUUGCAACUUUGGGUCGAAACUGGAGGAGAAUCUACGAGAUCAAUUUGUCUCCGGAUUAUAUAGUGAAGAAAUGCGGUCGAGAAUAUUCGCCGAGAAGGAUAUCGACUACAAGAGGGCUGUGGAGCUGGCUAGCGCUCUCGAGGCGGCGGAGCGGCACGCGAGCACGGCGGGCGCUCCGGUCGGCGGUGAAGGCGCUGGCGCGGAUGCGCUGCACCGGGUGAGCGGCAACGGGCCAGCGGCGCGAGCGCGCGCUAGCGGAGCCGGCCGGAGUGGCGGCGCGGGCGGUGCAGCGGCGAGCAGCGGCGGCGGCGGCGAUCGGGCAGCAGAUGCGCGCGUGCCGUGUGCGCGAUGCGGUAGGGCUACUCACACGCCGAGUAAGUGUCGUUACAAAAAUUUCACAUGUGAUUUGUGCGGCAUGAAAGGACAUUUAAAAGUGAUGUGUUUAAAUAAAAGUAAUCACGUGGGGCCUAUUGGAAAGGCAAAGUCGAAAGGUCAGUACUUUAUAAAUAACCAUAGUGAUUCCGAGGGUGACGAUGGUAAUUUUUAUAAUUUAAUUACGGGUGGCGAAGGUGAUAGACCUUAUUACGCUACUUUGUUCGUCAAUUAUGUCAAAUGUAAAUUCGAAAUUGAUACGGGGAGUAAAAUAUCCGCAAUAUCCAAAACAUUUUAUGAUAAAUACUUUAACCAUAUUGUAAUGCAUAAUAAAAAAUUGAUAUUAAAGUCAUAUACUGGUGAUACUAUCGACACUCUCGGGUAUAUUGAUGUGGAUGUACGUUUUGGUCAAAAUUCGGCUAAACUUAAACUAUAUGUUGUUGAAAACGGAGGCCCACCUUUGAUGGGUCGUACGUGGAUCAAAGAAUUAAAAUUGACAAUUGUAGAAUGUCACAAGAUAACCGAACGUGAUUCGAUAGCUAGUAAAUUAAAACGAGAAUAUCCAGAAGUGUUUGCGGAGGGACUAGGUACUUUUAAAUCAUGCAUUCGCUUACAUUUGAAUGAUAAGAAACCGGUUUUUGUUAAGGCGCGUCCUCUGCCGCUGGCGCUGCGCGAGCGCGUUGCGACUGAACUCGAGCGCUUGCAGCGCGAGGGAGUUAUCUAUAAGGUGGACCGUUCGGAUUACGGCACUCCCAUUGUGCCCGUCAUUAAAUCUAAUGGGGAUAUUCGCAUAUGUGCAGGGGGCGAGCAGUAUACGAAACUUGACUUAUCUAACGCAUUUCAGCAAUGUCUCCUUCAUGAGGAGUCUCGGGCGAUGACGGCCAUAAUAACGCAUGUGGGGACAUUUGUAUACCGUCGAGUACCGUUCGGUAUCAAGUGUAUACCAGAAAACUUCCAGAAAAUUAUGGAGGAGACACUUAACGGGCUGCCGUCUACUGCCGUAUUUGCUGAUGAUAUUUGUAUUACGGAUGUCAAAUGGGUGUGGACACACAAGUGCGAUAAGGCUUUUAUUAAAAUAAAAGAGUUAUUGAGUAGCGCUCCGGUGCUCGCUAACUACGACCCGGAGCUGCCACUCAUCCUGGCGGUGGACAGCAGCGCCUACGGGCUGGGUGCGGUUCUGAUGCAGCGCGGCGCGGAUGAUCGCGAGCGUCCCGUUAGCUGCGCUUCUCGCGCGCUCAACGCCGCGGAAUGCAACUACUCCCAGCUCGACAAGGAGGCCUUGGCUAUAGUUUUCGGUGUAACUAAGCAUCACUAG